AUGGAUGACAGUCUGAUUGUUUUCCAACGGGAUUCAGGAACGGAAGCCAGUUCCCAGGGGCCCGUCGAACCGGAGGCCACAUCAGACUCAUCUGCCAUUCGCCCCGGUCAGCCUUCUCGUCGUCAGCUGAAUAGAACCACUUCUACAUCCGACCCGAUCGCCUCAUCCUCUUGGUAUUUGUACAUCCAAAUGCAACUGUGCUCACAAAUGAGUCUUCGAGAUUGGCUAACCAGAAACAAUCAUGUCGCGGCACGACCCCCGCGGUCGGAACUGUACUGCAUGUUUUGGCAAAUUGUGGACGCUGUAGCUUACCUACACGCACAUGAACUGAUGCAUCGUGAUCUGAAACCGUCCAAUAUUCUGUUUGACUCGACGAAUCGGCUCAAACUGGCCGAUUUCGGUCUGGUCACGUCGUUCGCGAAUGAUGACUAUAGUAGUACAGGUAAUAGUCCUGUUCUGUCUGGGGAUCAUGCGUCCAGUGCUCAUCGGUCCACGUCUGACUGUACAAACCCAACCGAUCAACGGGAUUCUGGGACGGCGGACUCUUGGAACGGUUCCGACAGAGAACAGUUGUCUUCUAGCAGUAUUCGCCGUAAAUAUUUUGGGAUCCGAACCACCCGUCGACACACGGAUGAUGUGGGUACAGAUUUGUACAUGAGUCCGGAACAGGAGCGACACGAACGAUACGAUCGCAAGGUGGACAUCUUCUCACUGGGUCUCAUCUUUCUCGAAUUGUUGCUGCCAUUCGAGACGGAUAUGGAACGCAUUUGUACCUUGUUACAGGCUAAAAGACAACUUCUACCCGAUCGGUUUUCCGCGGAUUGUCCACUUGAGGUGAGUGCCGGUUGUAUUGGGAAAGUGUUGUCUGAUUUUUUCGUGCAUUUUACAAAAAUAUCGAGAUGA